AUGUCCCGCCAUCGUAACGUACGCAACCGCGCGUACUCCUAUGAGGACGAAGAUUACGACGACUAUGACUACGACGAGGGCGCUGCAGCGGCGUCAAGAGACGCCGACGAGUUCAUGUAUCGCCGAGACUCCCCCAGUCGCCACUCGUCCGUCUUUUCGUUCGUGCAGCAGCGGCAGCAAGUGACGAGUGACGCGGAAGCCACUGAAAGCAGUGCCAACGGAAAAGACUGUGGAGAUGCUGAGCUUCUUGAAGUCACUAUCCCUCAAGUCCAACAGCUUAUUGCUGGCACAAACGUGUCCGUUCAGCAGAUCACCCAGGAGCUUCGUCGGGCCAACUACGAUCUGGAUCAAGCUGUGAUGGCGUUGCUGGAGAAGGGCCAAGCGCUCGAUGCGCUCGAUAGUGAGCUGUCGUUGCAGACGGAUGUGUCGAGACUCGAAGCUAUUGCGCUCGAUGGCAGCAGCAAAGAAGAGCAGAAGCUUGAGAAAAGAGAGAUCGUCAUGCCUGCUCCAGCCAAAGGACAAGCUCUGACGAUUGCUCGUGAUGCAAUGCCGUUGACGGUUGUUGCCAAUAACGGAGAACAGACACUGCAGGCAUCGGUGGUGGAUGCAGCGAAGACUGCGCCGACGAUCUUGUUGGGACGUCGGACACAACUCACGCCGACGGAGACGAAAGCUUUUGAGCGUGCCGAGUUGAAGACACAGGAACGAGCGGCUGAGCUCGAGGAGGAAGCUCGCAAUGGAGGCAAGACGAAGAUUAGUAUGGUGGUGAUAGGACACGUGGAUGCUGGCAAGAGCACCAUUACGGGCCACCUGCUGUACAAGCUGGGCUACGUGAGCAAAAGACUGAUGCACAAGUACGAAAAAGAGUCGCGCGAGGCUGGCAAGUCGUCGUUUGCCUAUGCGUGGGUCAUGGAUGCUGACGAGCAGGAGCGCUCGCGUGGCGUCACGAUGGACGUGGGCACGAGCUACUUCGAGACGGCAACAAAGCACGUGACGUUACUAGAUGCGCCAGGCCAUCGGGACUUUAUCCCGAAAAUGAUUGCGGGAGCUGCACAAGCUGACGUGGCAGUGCUGGUCGUUCCAGCGGUGACUGGUGAGUUUGAAGCGGCAUUUGAGAACUCGGGCCAAACCAAGGAGCACGCGUUGCUUGUGCGGAGUCUAGGCGUUGCUCAGAUGGUCGUGGCAAUCAACAAGAUGGAUACGAUCAAUUGGGACAAGGAACGCUUUGACCAUAUCGUCAAGUCGCUGUCGACGUUCUUACAAAACGCAGGUUAUCGACCGAAGAAUCUACGUUUUGUUCCCGUCAGUGGCAUGACUGGCAUCAAUCUAGAGAAGACCGGUGGUGUCGAGGAAGGCUCGUGGUACUCGGGUCCGUCGCUGGUCGAGGCUAUCGACUCGUUUGCUCCUCCCCAGCGCCAGAUCUCGAAGCCUUUCCGCAUGACAGUCUCCGAUGUGUCAAAGUCAUUGAGUCUGGGUCAAAGUAUCUCCGGUCGCGUCUACGCCGGUGCUGCCGCCGUGGGCGACUCGUUCCUCUUGAUGCCAAUUGGACUCCAUCUGGCAGUAAAAGGCAUUGAACAAGACGGCAAAUCGUGUACACUUGCUCGUGCCGGAGACACGAUCGAGAUGGGGGUCACUGGAAUCGAUCAGACAGCUUUGACUACUGGCAGCAUCCUGUGCUCGAUAGCAUCGCCGGUGCGGCUCGCGAAGAAAUUCGAGGCCAAGAUCAUGACGAUGCCAACGAUGGAGGUGCCGCUGGUAAAAGGGACAUACGUGACGAUCCACAUGCACAACAUUGACGAGCCUGUGAAUGUCACACGGCUAGUGAGUGUCUUGAACAAGACUGGUGAGGUGGGAAGAAAGAAGCCGCGUUGCAUCACCCGCGAGUGCUCGGCCGUGGUGCAAAUCACGUGCCAUCGCUCAGUUUGCCUCGAGACGUUUGCCGACUAUCGCCAGCUAGGGCGUUUCACGCUACGUGAUCGUGGAAAGACGCUUGCUGCUGGCAUCGUCACUGAGAUUAUCGCCUAA